GGCUUUCACUCUGUGAAUAUGAACCACUCAACUCUUAACUGACAAGAACGUUUUCAAUAAAUUGUAUCUAAAAAACAGUCGUUCUUGCAAAAAAAAAUUGCACUAUGUAUCAUAAAUUUAGGUAUAUUGAGUUUUACAAUGAGUUAAAAGUUCAGUGAGCUCAUUUUAGAACGCUUAUGAAAUGCUGUGACUAUUAAGUAAUAAAAUAUGAUAAAUUAUGUGUUAUACCAAAGGUUAUUUUAUGAACACAUUGUUUUAUUUGUUUAUUGGUCACAUGCGAUACAAGAGUGGUCUAUGAAUAAGGGUCUGUAUGUUCAUACUUCACAGCAGAAACUUUUCUUUAGGUCUGCGUAUUAGUUUUUUCUAAUUUUUUACACAUAGUUUUUUUAUUUUUGUUCUUUUUGAAAAAAAAUCAUAAUGACACUAUUUUGGACCCAAAACCCAAAAUGUGGCUCAAAAAUAGGGGUAGCUUUAGCUUCUCUGAGGAAAUUGUUACUUUUUUCUAUAAAUAGUUUCAGAUGUUACUACAGAUUAUUAUCUACAAAUAUUAUUUGGUCCCGUAUGUGGGGGAAAUCUGGUUGGUAGGCAACAAACCUAAAAUGGCCUAAAAUAGGUUUUCUUUGCAUUCUUAUCUGCAUUCGUCACAGCUCAUUUCUUGAUUUUUGCACUAAGCUACUUAUCAAUAAUGCUAGAAAGUGAUGAUUUUAAAUUUUUAAAAAAGUCAUAAUGGUGGCAUUAACCAAAAAUAAUGUUUGAUACAUGCGUGUGACCAUUAAGAUGAGAAGAUGUUCUGUUUGACUGGAAUCGUCUGUGUUUUCCCUUAAUCAAAAGUUGUACCACGUGACGUUCUUACAGUAAGAACGGCUUUUUAGAGAAACAUUUGGAUAAAAUUAAUAGGAUGUCCUAUGGAAGAUUGUCAGAUCUUAGUCAAAGGCCUUUCAAUGACCCUAUGUGGUAAAAUUAAUAUAAUUGCAUAUGCAAGCGCCUUACUUUACUUCACUUAUCAUUUACAAGCUAUUACUCAAUUCUUUUUUUUCACACUUCUUUUUACGUAUGUGGAAAAUUUACCAUUUAAAAAUAUAUUCGUAACAAAGGUUAAAAAAAAUCUUCCUGAUGCUAUUUUAUUUACCUGCUUAGCUAAAAAAAUAUUUUUAAGUUCUUUAAGUUGAUAUUUUUAACUUACUCAUAGUAAAUUUUUCUCAAAAUGGUUUUGUAAUUUAUCUAUACUGUUAUUUUCUCCAUUCUGCAAAUUAAACGUUUAUUGGCUUUGCGUCAUGCAUUUGACAGGCCGCGGCUUUACAUGGUGCCUUUCAAAUUAUUGACUUUCAGCUUUCACAUUUUAAUUUGUAAUUGGACAUAUUCUCUGUGUUAUUCGCACAGCUUGUUAAUAUAGAUUAGACAGUUACAAUUAAUUUUACCAGAUUGAUUUUACUAGCAAUCCUAGCUAUAUUAGCAGCAUUUAUUUAUGCGACUAGACUGACUAGCUAGACUAGAUUAUAUACAUACAAAUUACCUAAUUUACCUAACCUUUAUUAACAUUUAACAAAAUUUACAAUAACCUUGCAUUUAAUUUCUGUUACUAAAAUCUCUAGUAUGAUCAUAAGACAAGCGCAUAGAGCUAUUCUGUUAUAAAAACUGCUUAUGACUUCUUAAGGCAGUUUUUAUACCACAAAAAUGUUUCCACAUAAGUUUUGUCUUCGUAAGACCAUUGUUUGUAAUACCAAAUCUUUCAAAAAUAAUGCUUUGCUUACCCAACAUUUUGUAAUUUCGAUGGCAUACAAAGUUACCCAGGACCAACAUUCAGUAUAAGGAAAGUUGUUUGGGCAUCUUUUCAUAAAGAUGACACCAAAUUUGGAGAAUCUGUAGGCAUAUAGUGUACUACUAACUCAUGUAUGUCAAUCUGCUUUUCCUGCAAAAAAAUUAUCUUUAUAGAAGUACUGGGAUUUAAAUUACAUAUUAGAGCAAGGUGGUGCAUUAUUGAAAUCAUUAGGAAGCACCCAGAGAUUGACUGUUGAUGAAUUACCUAUCACAAUCUGUAUUGAAGGUGUAUCAGUUAAAAUUGCAGGUACAUACAGACUACAUACAGGUUGACUGUACUUGUAAAGAAUUGGAUUUGAUUAAAACAAAAAGUGCCUAGAUCUAAAUUAAAUAUACAUAAAAAAGAAUAAGUAAUUUUUUGGAUAUUUUUUGGACAAGUCUAUGUUUGUUAUAAUUUGUAUUUACACUCUGUUUUUAAAUUUGUGUUUAGAAAAAUAUACCUUAGAUGCUACAGAAAUUGUUCAACCUGCGAAAAUACAUUAAAAUACAUUAAAAAAAUAUACAAUACCAGAGCAAGCUGUUGCUAAUAAGCUACAAAUUUACUUAAUGUGUCCUCAUAAUAUGCGAAAUAUUGUUAAAAGUUGUUAUAAUGUCAAAAGGACAAUUCCUAAUGCUGAUAAAAACGAUAUCACUUAUGUACUUCCACAAGGAACGGAAAGUAAAGAGUUUUAAAUUAAGUUAAAUUUGCGUCUGCUUAAAAAAUAACCCUCUGUACCAUUACACAACUAAUGACAGGAGGAACUUUCUAUCUGAGUCAACUGUUCCACAAUCAAAUAAUGAAUUAUUUAGAUGAACACAGAUUUAACAGCCAGGAAAGUUUACUUAUCACUACUAUUCCAAAUGUUGAGAAAUGUUGAGAAAGAUCCUACAGAAGUCAUCAAACGAGAAGCGAGGAACAUCUUAAUGGAGUUGAAGAGAAAAGAAUACAUCAACGAUAAGCAGUAUUACCGACUGAAACCUUGUGACGGACCACCACCGCGAUUUUACGGACUACCAAAAAUUCAUAAACAGGGAAAUCCAAUUCGACCAAUAGUCUCCUGCACUGGAACACCGUUAUACAACCUAUCAAAAUUUGUUGCUUCUAUCCUCAGCAAAUUUACAGUAAGUGAUUACAGCAAAAACUCAAAAGAAUUUUCGGAAUACAUCAGAGAAAUAAAGAUAGCAGACAACGAAUGCAUGGUAUCAUUUGAUGUCACAUCACUCUACACAAGUGUUCCCAUAAAAGACACCUUAAACAUCAUUAUCGAAAACGAUGUUGCAUUCGGUGAAAAGACAAAGAUUCCAGUUCCGGAUUUUCUGCGUUUGGUCGAACUUCUUUUAACCAAAACAUGGUAUCUGUUUAAUAAGAACUUCUACACUCAAACAGACAGAGUUGCCAUGGGAGGCCUCGCAUCAUCAGUAGUCGCAGAAAUAUACAUGCAAGCACACGAGACAGCAGCAUUACUCACAUCAGACAGACGUCCAAAGGUUUGGAAAAGAUUUGUUGACGACGUAUUCGCCAUAAUCAAACGAUCUCAUCUAGAAGAGUUCCAUGAACACAUCAACGGCCUACACCAAUACUCCAAUACGUCGAGUUUUAAGAAAUACAAGAUCAAAUGCAUUCUCAACUCUAAAGACACCCUAAGAAGCACUUUGUCUAAACCAAAAGACAAAAUAAACAUGGAAGAACAAAACAAUGUUGUUUACGAAAUCCCUUGUAAAGAUUGUGAUGCAGUGUACAUAGGCGAAACAAAAAGAAAGUUUAAGCAACGAGUACAAGAACAUAUGUGUGCAGUGAGAAACGGAGAUGUGAAGAAAAACGAAAUUGCGGACCACAGCUGGAGCAGAAGUCAUCAGUUUAAUUGGGAUGAGAAGAAAAUCAUUGACAGAGAAUCCAGAACAACGGCCAGAAAGAUUAAAGAAACCAUCAACAGUGUAGAACGUAACAAACACAUAAACAGCAUCUCGUAUCAACUUCCUGAGAUUUGGUUACCAGCCCUACAGAAGAAGUAGUUACUUACAUCUAGGUCCGAAAAUGUUAAUUACCGUAAUUAAAUGUAAUUAUCAGCUCGUUUCUGAUUGGUUGAUUUUUAUGAAUUUCGAUCCUCUGCAAUUAUAUAAAUACAUGCUCAUCAUCAUUUUACUUUGCCCGAUGAUAGGAGAAGGAUCUCCCGAAAUGUCGCCUACUAAACUAUCAUGUUCAAGAAAUGAUAAACUUUCCACAGUAAUACAUAUUUUUUCUUUGUCAGUGACACAAAAUAUAAAGUUGCGAAGUCAAAUAAAUAUUUCAUUACAGAAAGGAUGUGGAAAUCAAUUAACUGCAGACAUGCUUGCCUGAGGCAAAAGCAUGUCAGCUUAUAAAUAAUAUUAAAGCUACAUCAGCAUAUUGGAAAAGGUUCUUGUUUGAAGUAUUGGUAAAACAACUUUGUCUACCAACUUUUUUAUGACUUUAAGCUGUUCUGAUCUGCAUCGAGAUGAUUGCUAGUAUUGCAGAACUUAAUGGGAAAGAUUUGCCACAUUAUCAAAUUCAUUCCCACUCUAAUUCCUGUCGAAAAUACACAGGUAUGUAGGUAUAGGUAUAUCCUGUAGAAAUAUCGUUGUUGUAGCAUUUCAAAAUGACAUGUCUGACAAAGAAAAGUAGUGAUAAUGCAUAAAAGGGAUACUCUGUUAAGUCAUGUUAAAGCGUAUUGUUGAUGAAUUGCUUAAUCCUAAACAACGCUCCCAGAAAAGUGGUGCCAGUGAUAAUGAAAACUCUGGAGCAAGUAUCCUAGUGUGGCCAGUGCAAAUGUGAGGUACUUGUUACAGACUGAUAGUGAAUUGUGAUGUGUGUAAUAUUAUGUGUCUGCCAGAAUAUUAAGUUGUAUUAUCUAUUGUUUUGUUCAUUGUAACAGGUGACACAAAUGAACAACUUACAGCAAGCCAUGAAAUUGUCUUUAAAUGUUUUGACAUCACACCAGACAACAAAAAAGGAAUAGCGAAAAAGAUGCUUAGCAAGACCGUUUUUCAGUUAGGCCUGAGGAUUUAAUAAUUGUAUAAUAAGUGCUUUGAGUUUUUAUCCUAAAUUGUCUUUUGUUUAGCAGUUAAUGAUUUUAAUUAAAGGAACACAUAUAGAAAUAGAUUUCUCUUUUGUAAUUAUUGAAAAAUUGACACCUUUUCAAGCCCGCUUUUCUGGCCCUGGUGACUGCUUCACAAAUUCUUAGUUUGUGUAAUUAGAGUGUAGAUAAGUUCUUAUUUUUUUGUUUUAAUGAGUGUAUUUAUUUAUAAGACGAGUUUUAUUAUACUUAUUAUAUAAAGCACUUUCCAUUUAAUAACACGGUUAACUAAGAUUUUUGAGACAUUUAUGUCAAACGUAGCUAUUCUAUUUUCUUUUAAAUUCUUUAACUUAAUUCCAACUUUGUAUCUUUUUUUAAAUGUUCUAUCAAUUUUUUAUAUCCUUUUUUCUGCCUUUGCUUCCCUUUCCUUCUUUUUGUCCCCAUUUACUUCCUUGUUGUACUUUUAAUCCUUGUUACAACUCCUUUUAACUAUUAAUUUUAAAAUGCA